AUGGAUAAAACAUUCGAUUACAAUAAUAUUCAUGUAGAUAAUUUUGAUGAGUUGUAUGAUUUUUGUAUUUCCAAGGAUACAAAUAAAAAAAAAAUAAAAGAAGGAAACAAAUUUUCAGGAGAUCAAAAACAAGUAUUUAAUGAUGAUAAGGAUAGAUGUAAUAAAGAGGUUCUAAAAAAAAGUACAAAUAUAAAACAUACUAAAAAACAUGGGAAUAAUAAAAAAUCUGAUUAUUCUCCAUGUAGCACAGUAGAUGAAAAAAGGUUAGAUAUGCUAAAUGAAAAUAUGGAAGAUACAGAUUCAUAUUAUGAUAGAAAAAAAAAAAAUUCACAUAAAUGGAAGGAAAUGAGUAGCAGUAGUGAUAGUAAUAGUAAUAGUAAUAGUAGUAAUAGUAGUAGUAGUAAUAAUCAUAAUAGUAAUCACAAUAUUGAUCCUCAUGAUAGUGAUUACAUUCAUCAUUUAAACCACAAUAUCGAACAUGAACAACAAUAUAAUGGUAAUAAGACGACCAUGAAAAAGAAUUCAGAAUCUUUCAGCGAUAUAAGUAGUUAUAAUGAUAUUAAAAGUUGUAAUAAUGUAGAGGAUGGAAUAUAUGAUGAAUAUGAUGUAAAAAAUAAAAUGAAAUAUGAUAAAAAAAAAAAUAAACACAAUCACAAUAAUAAUAAUAAUAAUAAAUGUGAUAAUAAUAAAAAUAAUAAAUAUUAUAAUAAUCAUUUGGAUCAUACACAUAAUGACCUUUAUGAAGAAGAUGAUACUUAUAAAUUUAAAAAUAAAAAAAGUAAAGAUGAUUUAAAAUAUUACAGAUGUAGAUAUUGUGAUAUUGAUUCCAUAGAUAGUGUUGUUCAAUGUAAUAACUGUAAACGCUGGUUCUGCAAUGGUUCUUAUGGUACUUGUGGUAGUCACAUUGUUACUCAUUUAGUUCGAUCUAAACAUAAAGAAAUUAAAUUACAUAAAAAUAGUUUAUUAGGUGAAACUAUUUUAGAAUGUUAUAAUUGUGCAUGCAGAAAUGUAUUUUUGUUAGGCUUCCUUCCGACAUCUGAAGAAGGUGUUGUUGUUAUUAUUUGUAGAGAUCCUUGUUUGUCUAAUUACAUAGCCUUAUAUGAAAAACAUGUAAUUGGUAUGGAUGAAAAUAAGGGUAUCUCUCUAGAAGAUGAUAAGGAAAAGGAGGUUCACAUAAAAGAUGAGGACUGCAUGCACUAUAAAGAAAUAAAUCAUAAUAAUAAUAAUAAUACAAAUUGUGAAAAUAUUCAUUGUAGUAAUAAAGAUGAAAAGGAAUUUGUUGAAGAAAAUAGUCUUUCUUCAGUUCAUCAUCAAAGUGACAGUUCUGAUUAUUAUUAUUAUUAUUAUUCCAGACGUCAAAAGAAUAAAAAAUUAGAUAAAAGCCAUAUGAAUGUAUGUAAUGAUGAUAACAAAAUGGAGGAUAACCAAAAUAUUCAUUAUGAUAAUAAAUUAAUUGAUGAUGACCAUAUGAUAUGUGGAGAACCUAAUAAGCGUAAAAAAAAUAAAGAACAAAAUAAUGAAAAUAUAAAAAAUGAUAACAACAGCUAUAUGAACAAUAAUAAUAAUAAUAAUAAUAAUAAUAAUAAUAGUAAUAAUAUUUGUGAAGAAAUUGAGAAAAUAAAAGAUUGGGAUUUAAAAAAAUGGCAACCAGUUAUUGAAGAUCGUUUUUUUUUAGAAUGGUUAGUAAAUAUACCAUCUAAUGAAGAAGCAGAAAGAAAAGGUAAAUUAUCUACAUCUUAUAAUGUAAAUAAAUUAGAAGAAUUAUGGAAGAAUAAAAAAGAUGUAUAUAUAGAUGAAUUAAAUUUAGAAAUAUUAAAUGAUGAACCAAAUAAGGUUGAAUUAAAAUAUGAAGAUGCUCAUCAUUAUCAAUCAAUAUUUUCUCCAUUAAUUCAACUUGAAGCUGAUUAUGAUAAAUCUAUAAAAGAAGGUCAGAAACAAGGGAAUGUAAGUGUUCGAUGGGAUAUAGGUUUAAAUAAAAAGCGAUAUGCUCAUUUUAUUUAUGUGAAAGAAGAGAGUGAAUUAAGAUUAGUUGCUGGAGAUGAAUUGAAAAUAUCAUAUACAUAUUCAGAUGGUAGUAUAUGGUGUUGUGAAGGCCAUAUAUCUCGAUUACAUAAUACAGAAGAAAUUUCAUUAGAAUUAAGAACAUCAUGUACAUCUAAUGGACCAUGGGUUGAUAAUAUAACUACAGGAUUUAGUGUAGAAUUUAUUUGGAAAAGUACUGCUUAUGAUCGUAUGCAAUUAGCUUUAAAUGAGUUUGCUUUGAAUUCAUAUUCAUUAAGUGGAUUUUUAUAUCAUAAAUUAUUAGGUCAUGAUAUAUCUGAAGAUUCCUUAGAAUAUAAUAAAAAUACAUUUUAUAAAAUGAUGCACAAAAAGGUUAUGAAUAUAAGAAAUUAUUCUGCACCGAAUUUAGCACCUCUUAAUCAUUCUCAAAUAGAUGCAAUAAAAAAGAGUUUAUUAUCUCCAUUAUCAUUAAUUCAAGGACCUCCUGGUACUGGAAAAACCUUAACCUGUGCUACAUUAGUAUAUCAUUUAGUUAAAAUGAAUAUGGGAAAGGUUUUAGUUACAGCCCCUAGUAAUGUGGCUGUAGAUCAAUUAUCUGUUAGAAUACAUAGAAGUGGAUUAAAAGUAGUUCGUUUAUGUGCUAAGAGUAGAGAAUCUGUUCCGAGUAUAGCUGAGUAUUUAUAUUUACAUAAUCAAAUGAAAUUAUUAAAAAGUGAUAUUGCUGAAGAAUUAAAUAAAUUAUUAGAAUUAAAAGAAGAAGUAGGAGAAUUAUCACAAAAAGAUGAACGUAGAUUAAAAAAAUUAAUAUCAUAUGCUGAAAAUGAAAUAUUAAUAGAAGCAGAUGUUAUUUGUUGUACAUGUGUAGGAGCAAUGGAUAAAAGAUUAAAAAAAUUUCGUUUCCGUCAAGUAUUAGUUGAUGAAGCUACACAAUCAACAGAACCUGAAUGUUUAGUACCAUUAGUAACAGGAGCUAAACAAAUUGUAUUAGUUGGGGAUCAUUGUCAAUUAGGACCAAUAAUUGUUUGUAAAAAAGCAGCAAAUGCUGGAUUAGGAAAAAGCUUAUUUGAAAGAUUAGUUAUGUUAGGUAUAACACCAUUUAGAUUAGAAGUACAAUAUCGUAUGCAUCCAGCUUUAAGUGAAUUUCCAUCUUAUGUUUUUUAUGAUGGUAGUCUACAAAAUGGUAUUACAUUAAAAGAAAGAGAAUAUCCUUUGAAAUCUUUUCCAUGGCCUAAUCCUAAAUGUCCUAUGUUUUUUUAUAAUUCAACCGGUUUAGAAGAAAUGUCAGCAUCUGGAACUAGCUAUCUAAAUAGAAGUGAAGCUUCUAAUAUGGAAAAAUUAGUUCGAACAUUAUUACAAUGUGGUUUGAAAGCCUCACAAAUAGGUGUUAUAACACCAUAUGAAGGACAAAGAGCAUAUAUUACUUCAUUAUUUCAAAAAAAUAUUUCUUUUCAAAAUUCAACAGAUAUAGAAGUAGCAUCUGUUGAUGCCUUCCAAGGAAGAGAAAAAGAUUUCAUUUUAUUAUCAUGUGUUAGAUCUAAUAAAAAAUUAGGUAUUGGAUUCUUAAAUGAUCCUAGAAGAUUAAAUGUAGCACUAACCAGAGCUAAAUAUGGAUUAAUUAUUUGUGGAAAUGCAAAGGUUCUAUCAAGACAUCAUUUUAUAUCCAGAGAAAAAAUUAAUUCAAAUGAAACUAUAACAAAUGUUAAUUCUGUAUGGAUUAAUUUAUUAAGUCAAUUUAAAAAAAAAAAUUUAAUUGUAGAAGGAUGCUUAUCUAAUUUGAAACCAGUAAAUAUAAAUAUACCAACACCUACAAAAUUACCUUCUAGAUAUACUAAUUUUAAUUAUUUUCAUAAUUAUGAUAAUAAUUUACAAAAAAAUAAAACCCAUAAUAAUUAUACGGAUAAAUUAGGUUCUAAUACUUAUAAGGAUAAAAGCAGCACUACAACUAAUCAAUAUAAAUAUAAUAAAAAAAAUAAUGAGGAAUUAUUUAAUUCUUCUGUUAAUGAUUAUUAUUAUUAUCAUCAUCAUCAUUUUAAUACAAAUCAUUUAUCAGAUGAAAAUACGAAUUCUCAAUUUAAUCUUAACCUUUCCAAUUAUAGUUAUUGUAGUGAUAAUAUUAUGAACAAUGAUUUAUAUACUUAUAUAACUAAAAAUAAGAAAAAAAAUAUUGUCAACUCAUAUGUUAAUAAUCUAAGUCAAAUGUCUCAAUUUAAUGAUUACGCAACCGAAAGAAAUCAUAAUAAUGAUAAUCCUGAUUAUUUACAUAUUCAGGAUAAAUAUAAUAAUAGUAUUGAUGAUAAUAAGAAAAGUACAACUAAAUGGAAUCUUUCAUCAUCAUUGAAUAAUUCAGAAUUUUCAUAUUCUAAUAAUAAUAAAAUGUCAUCUAAUCAUUCUAUAGAUUCAUAUAAUCAAGAUACAAAUUUUCUUUCCAUCUCAAAAAAUGCAGAUAAUUUAUUUCCGUACCUUUUCUAUUAUAAAGGUAAUCAAAAUGAUAGUUCACAACAACCAUAUAUGUAUUAUAAUGAAAAUCAUGAAAACAUAAAUUCUUCAAAAACACAAAAAGGUGUAAAAAAUACGGUAUUAAAUAAAUCAUCUACAUCUAAUAUGACGUUAACACAAAAAGAUUCUGUUAUUCUUAAUGACCACAAAUUAAGUUGUAAUAGUAAGAAAGAGCUAUCUGAAAAUACGCAUAUAAAUUAG